UGUGUUUUCGUUGAGAUAAACAUGGAUGUGAGUCACUCUAUCGAUCUAUUUUGUGUCUUUCUUUGGUGUAACAUGUAGCAGCGGCAUCUGAAAACCCCGGGGACUUCACUUUACCUUCAUCCGACCUCCGUAAACUGACAUCCGGCUGUGUAUCUGUGUUAAAGGACGGUUAAAGCCCGUCUUUAUCCGCCGCGCUGCUCCUUUUGUCUGCUUGUUUUGGUCGUGUCAGUAUGGAUAUGUACGGAUACACCGGAGUGGUCCUGGUCAAGAGGUUCCUGGAUAAUGCUCCGUUUGAGGUUACGAACAUGUCAGACAUUAACAAGGCGAACCCCCAUGGAUGUGACAACGGGGCUCUGACGGACCGCUUCGGCGUCCUGAUCCAGGGUCUGUUGGCCAUAGUCGCCUUCAGUACCCUGAUGUUAAAAAGAUUCCGGGAACCUGUAGGGAUCAGACGACCCUGGAGGAUCUGGUUUUAUGACACAUCGAAGCAGGCCAUUGGUGCUCUUUUCAUCCACUUUGCUAACGUCUUCCUGUCCACACUCACUAAAGAAGACCCAUGCUCCCUGUAUUUGAUGAAUUUCCUGCUGGAUGCCACGCUGGGGAUGCUGGUCAUCUGGCUGGCGGUCAAACUGGUGUCCAAACUGGUCGAGUACAAACAGUGGACGCUGCUCAUGUUUGGAGAAUACGGUGACCCCCCUCAGGCAGCGGCGUGGCUCGGUCAGUGUGGCAUCUAUCUGCUCAUUAUGGUGCUGGAGAAAGGUGUGAUCAGCCUGGUGCUGCUCGUUCCUGGAUGGUCCAAAUUGCAGGAGGUGUUGUUGAGCUACAUUGCUAACCCUCAGCUGGAGCUGGUGCUGGUCAUGCUCAUCGUACCCUUCAUUGUCAAUUCUAUCAUGUUCUGGGUGGUCGACAGCCUGAUGAUGAGGAAGUACAAGACGAUGAAGAGUCUGGACGACUCCUGUGACAGCUCUGUGAAAAAGGCUGACUCUCUGCCCUGGGUGAACAAUGAGGAGUCUCGGGUUCUGCUGACUGUGGAGACAGACACAGACGAGGCUUCAGAGGGAGAAGAGGAGGGCGGUGAUGGAGGACCGGUCCCCCAUGUGCAGUAUUCAGGGGGGCCACUGAGACCCAGCUGGGUGGUGGUAUAAACCUACUACCUGUCCAUCCAGUAUCUACACACUUCACGUCCUUGCAUCCUAUCUACUCAGUUAAAGGUCUAAGUAUCAGCUUCUCUGCAAGCAAAGGCACAACUACAUGUACAAGUAUGAAUGUGAACACUACAACCUUAGCUGCCUUUAUCCAUAUGAAGGUGUCGAUAGUUAUAACCUUUUAAUCGGACAAAAACGCAUGUUAAUGUAAUAGCAUCCUCUUUAUCCUCUCACCUUGCUGCCUCUGUUUGCUGCGAGAGAACAUCAGAGUAACCACAACUGAGCAUGUUUGGAGGGAGGUUAUUUGGGAGCAGAGCACCCACAGAGAAAAAUGUAUGGGUGGUAAUGACAGACACCAAAAUAAACCUGUCAUUAUUCCACUCAGGGGAGACUUUUUGGAAUGAUUUUACUCUGAGGACUCUCAUUUAUCAUGUAUCAUGUUCCAUUAAGGAGCAGGAAAGUUAAGUAUACAGUAUAUAUUUAUAUAGGUGCUCUAAUAUUUUACAAAUAUAAUCCACCUUUUUAAUCAAGGUGUAAUCACAGUCAUUUCUGCAUGUUUUUCCUCCAGCUACUAAACAUGCAGAAGGUAAUGGGUAAUUGUCUUAUUUUUAGCAGCAUAUUGUGUAGCUACCAGUGUCAAUAGAAGAAACACAACUGAAAAAUGAUGGUUGUUUGCUACAUGUUGUCAGCAGACAUGAUAAAUGUUAAUGUUAAAAAGGACCAGUUCACACUAUGUUUAUGAAUCGAUGACAGAGUGUUAGGAAAUGAUAUUACAGAAGUGCGGAAACCUGAUUUCUUCUCUGCAAUGAGUGAAAAUAUGUCUAUCUGGCAGUUUUUGGGAUUUAAUAUAAAUAUCCAAUUUCUAUCUUUAUCUUUGGUUUCACUAAUUACAAAAAAGAAGCUCUAAGAGAAGCUACUGUCUAACUUUACUGUUGCUCAACCCUCAGUUUGACUGGACUGGAAAGCUGAGUUUAGCUCCCUAGACUGUUUUCAGCAUGAAUUGUCACUGCACAAUCUGCAAAAAGUAUAUUUGUUUAACAAGAACAAUCUUUUAUCACAUAACAAGUAAAUAAAGAUAUCAUAAUACUAUUUAAAUCCCAUAAACUAUCAUACAUUUCUUCAUGAUACUAGUGACAGGAAGUAGUCUCAUUUUUGUUCCAUGUAGAGAACAGAUUAGGUUUUCAGUAUGAAUUCACUAUGUGUUCGACAUGAUGGGAGAUGUUCUUAUUAUCACCUCUUGAGUUAUAGGAGACCCUCAUACCUCCUUCAUAUCCACCAGUUCAAUAUCAAACAUCUACUACUGGCCAGUGAUCUAAUCUUACCAGAGUAACCACUGGGAAACUGGGAAGUUUUCAAACUUUAUCCACAAAUUGUUUCCUUAACACUCUGUCAGUGGGACCUUGGUUGUGUAUUCAACUUUAGCCUGUUAUGGCACAUUAUUUAUUCUGUUUAUAUUUUGUAAGACUUCAUAUGAUGUGGUCCAAACUGUGGUACCAGUGAAUAGAUGGUUUUUAGGAAAUGACAAACUUUAAGACCUCUGACAGUUUUAGAGCUGUUGUGGCCAAACUUGAGUUGAUUCCAGUAUUAGUUUAAAUGGUUGAUGUAUGUUUUAUGUGUUAAUAAUUUAUCAUUCCAUUUACCUGUUUACAUAUAUGGUUUAAGCCACAAAUUCUACAGUUACAUUCUGCUUGUAAUGUUUUAUUUUGUAUUAUAAUGUAUCGUGUGUAAUUUUCUUUUCUAAUUUUCUUGUAUACUUUUUUUUUUUGUAUAAACCAAAUGAUGAUCAAAUGAAAUGGCACAGCCCGUCUGGAGCGUCAUCAGCCGACUGCGGAGUGCCACGGUGCUUCUUACCGAAUGUAUAAUCUGUACUAUGAAUAAAGAUGAUUGACAUAUGA